AUGAGGCUGAUGUUCGAGCAAUUCCCGGAGGUUCUUUUGAUCGAUGCAACCCACGGCACCAAUGCUUCUAAGUUCAAGGUAUUUUCGUUCAUGGCGCACGAUGUUUUCGGCCACGGACAGUUUGUUCAGCACGCCCUUCUACAGAAUGAACGUCGUCACACUCUCGUCACUGCAAUCGAGGAGUUUAAGCAGAACAAUCCGGCAUGGACUCGAGUCCAAAGCAUACUUAUCGACAAAGACGUUACGGAGUUGUCGGUACUCAGGGCAGCGUUUCCGGAUGCCUCUAUACUGCUCUGUCAGUUUCACGUGUUGAAGUAUCUGAGAGAGGCUGUGGCAUCUUCGGACUAUGGUUUCACCUCAUGGCAAAAGGACCAGCUACGCAGCACAUUCAAUUUGCUCGUGUAUGCUCCUACUGAGGCAGCCUAUUUGAAGCAUCGUCGCUACCUCCGCCACCUUGUGACAUUUGGCACUCAAGCCGGCUCGGAUGCUCACAAUGAAGCCGAAGAGGAAUGCGACCCCAAUCUGCAUGCGUUUGAAGCCUACUUUACGAAGAAUUGGGAUAGCUGCAGAGAGCUAUGGUGUGCAUACAAGCGUCAAAACACGGUUACUCUUGGAAACAAUACUAACAACCGCUUAGAGUCGGCAUGGAAGCAGCUUAAAGAGUGGGUUGACGCGUUCAUGGAUCUGGACGAGUGCAUUGCCUCCAUCAUGUACUACCAGAGUCGUCAGGAACGCAGCUUUAACGACCAAGUCUUUAAAGUGACUUCCGUCCAGCAUACUCACUACGAUAAGGAGAUGAAGCAUGUUGCCAACCUCGUUGGCCAACACGCUUGUGAGCUGAUCUACAAGCAGUACACGUUUGCCGUCGCCCAAACUUCGUAUCAGUAUAAUGAGGUAUUUCCCGGAGUAUACGCUAUCCAUAGCGAAUCAAGGUCGGAAGAUGCCCUCGACGAGCCUCGAGUCAGUUACACGGUUUACAAGAAUAGUUGGACGUGCUCAUGCCUCUUCAUGGCGACGCGCUUACUUCCUUGCCGGCAUGUGUUCUUCAUACGGAAAGACAUGAAGAUGGAAUCUGUAAUCCCGACUCAAUUGCUAAACGAGCGGUGGCUACUAACUACGGUCCGAUCCGCUGUCAACCUGGCUGAACUUCCUCGUGCCAAGUUUGCCAUUGUAUCUGCCCCUGAAGACGCGAGCUCCACAUGGGACUCUAACCGAAAAUAUCGGGAGGCAAACUUGAUAGCUAGCUCUAUCAGUGACACAAUGGCCGGAUUCGGGAUGAAGGACUACCAGCUUGCAAUGAAGUUUUUCCAAUCGGUGUCUCGUAUCAUAAAGCACAAGGAGUUUGAGAGGCUUCUUCAAACCGAAACGGAACGACCUACCAUCCUGGUUUCAAAGACCACAGGUGCGGGUGACGAUGUGGAUGAUUGUGGCGACUGUGAGUUUGGUCAAGCUGAUAUUGAGCAUACCGAAGAGAGCUUGCUUGCCGUGGGCGAUCAUUGCAGUAAGACUAGGACCUCCUGUGUCACAGAGGAGGCCAACACUCACGAUCUAGCCGACAUAUGCCCAACUGUGCCCAACCAAGACCAACUUUGCCCGAAUCAAGACCAACCGUGCCCGAAGCAGGACCGAUUGUGCCCGAUUUAA